CUCCGUAUUUAGCAACGGACACCUACGCGAUGGGCUGAUCCCAUGUCGAGUUUAUUCACUCAAUCGAUUAGAACCUCCCUCGAUCGUCCCCAUCUGGUUGUCCAUUUUCUCCCUCCUCUCACUCAUCGAUCACUACCAUCUUUGUUCCUUCACCAACGCCUCGUUUCGCAACUGGCUCUCAAUCACCCCUCACCUCUCGCCCUUUUUUCUGUUCAAAACACAACAUGAUGAUGAUGACUAUGACAGUGUGGCUGUUGCGAGCCGGUAUGGACGUGUUCCACCUUGGCUUUCCGUCUUAGUAUCAAUUGCACCGAUGUCCCAAUACACAUCUCCAUUAUAACACGCGUAUUGUUUGCCUCGAAAUGUGUGCUUUUGCUUAAUGGACAUUCGAGCU